AUGCCUGGAGCUGUCCAUCAGAUCGAAAAGGGCACGAUGGGCGAGGAUCCAAACAGGCCCAGAGAGCUUCCCGGCCUGCUGUUGUUGCUCACUCCUCAUUCUCAAGGACCUUUAGAGAUCAAAGACCAACACACAACAAGAAAGGCAAGCACCAAGGAGACGGAGAUAGGAGGAGAUGGAGCAGAGCGUAGGAGAGGAAAGCAGGAAGGAUGCUGCGAAAGAGGAGAACCCAUGUGGCCUUCACUGAUUACUCAACGUCAGACCACCCGCUGA